AUGGCUGGCAAGAAGGGAGCCGGCGAGAACAGCAAGAAGGCCGCGGGAAACGCCCGCAAGGCCGAGGCUGCAGCCCAAAAGUCUGCUGCCGAGGAUGCAAAAAAGGCAGCCGCUGAGGAUGCCGAGUGGUCCAAGGGCUCCAAGAGCAACGCAAAGAAAGAGGCGGAAGCCGCCAAAAAGGCCGAGGCAGCCCGCAAGAAGGCUGAGCGUGAAGCCGCGCUGAAAGAGGAGGAGGCAAACACACCGGGGCGAUCCGCGCCUAAGAACGCCAAAACGGCUGUCAAGAAGACCCGCGGACUCGACCUGUCGCAGUUGGACGACAAGCCCAGCGGCUCCCUUGCCGCCCUCAACGCUUCGGGUAUUGACAACGCCCUUGAUGCUCUGUCGCUCACAGGCUCCUCCGAUGCCAAGGUCGACAGACACCCCGAGAGACGCUUCAAGGCCGCCUACGCAGCCUUUGAGGAGCGCCGACUCGCCGAGAUGGACGAGGACGGCUCGGGUAAGGGUCUGCGUCUGCAGCAGAGGAAGGACAAGAUCCGAAAGGAGUUUGAGAAGAGCCCCGAGAACCCUUUCAACCAGGUCAACGCCCGCUUCGACUCCAGCAAGGAGGAAUUGGCGCAGCUGAAGGCCAAUGAGAAGAGCAAGAUCGAGAACAGGCUUGGUUCCAAGUAG